UUUUAUUUUAUGUGUGACACCCUUUUACAAAAAGACAUGGUCACUGGAGACAACAAAAGACCUGGGUUUCUCGCGUUUCCUGUGGACUCAACUUGUCAUCCCUAGCUCUAGCUAAACUAUAAGAGUCGCAAAUUUAACUUGAAAUUCGAAGGGGCACAAUAAAUAGGGAUGAGGCAAGGCAAGGCAUGCUUGAUGCUUGUGAUAUCAUAUCCAUUGCCAUUGGUUUCCACGACAUCGGAGUAAAUUCCCAAGUUCCAAACUGCCACACACACUGUUGCAUCCAAACCAUGCCUUCCAUUUCUACCAUCAUUUUCAGAGACCAUAGAGUUGGGGUGUAUGAUGCGCUACUUAACCCAACCUUUCGCACUCCCAUUUCGCGGAAGCUUCAUAAUUCCCAUCUGGAAGUGAAAGGCCACUUUUAUCUGCCUCAGAGUGGAACAAGCUGUGCAAUUCGAAGCGAGUUGCGGGGUCCAGUUGUUGCUGUUUUAGAACGUCGCUUAAACCUUGAAGCUUCUAGGAGGAACUCUCAAAUAUUGUGCAAGGCUACAACAGACAUUUCUGGAGACAUCCCUGAAAGUGCUGGGGAGCUGAGCCAGUAUGAGAAAGUGAUUGAAACCUUAACCACUCUUUUUCCUGUGUGGGUCAUCUUGGGGGCCAUCAUCGGAAUUUACAAGCCAACUGCUGUAACUUGGUUGGAGAAAGAUCUUUUUACUCUUGGCUUGGGUUUCCUCAUGCUUUGUAUGGGCUUGACAUUGACAUUUGAGGAUUUCAGACGGUGUCUGCGAAAUCCAUGGACUGUGGGUGUAGGUUUUCUUGCACAAUAUUUAAUUAAACCCUUGCUAGGCUUCACCAUUGUAAUGACUCUAAAACUUUCGGCUCCUCUUGCAACUGGUCUUAUUCUGCUUUCGUGUUGUCCUGGAGGUCAGGCAUCAAAUGUUGCAACAUUCUUAUCCAAGGGAAAUGUUGCACUCUCUGUUCUUUUGACAACGUGUUCAACUAUUGGAGCUAUUAUAAUGACCCCGCUCCUUACAAAGCUUCUUGCUGGUCAGCUCGUUCCAGUUGAUGCUGUUGGUUUGGCUCUUAGUACCUUUCAGGUUGUCUUUGUCCCAACGAUUGUGGGAGUUUUGGCAAAUGAAUUUUUUCCCAAGUUCACUACAAAGAUAAUCACUGUUACUCCUUUGAUAGGAGUCAUUUUGAGCACUCUGCUCUGUGCAAUCUCAAUUGGGCUAGUUUCAGAUGUAAUAAAAGCUCAAGGAGCACAAUUAGUAUUGCCAGUUGUUUUCCUACAUGCUGCUGCAUUUGCUCUUGGUUAUUGGGUUUCAAGAAUAUCAUUUGGCGAGUCCACAUCACGCACUAUAUCUAUAGAUUUUGGGAUGCAGAGCUCUGCACUUGGAUUUUUUCUUGCUCAGAAGCACUUUAAAAACCCCCUAGUAGCUGUUCCUUCUGCUGUUAGUGUUGUCUGCAUGGCUCUUGGUGGGAGUGCUCUUGCUGUGUUUUGGAGGAACAGACCAAUUCCUCUUGAUGACAAAAAUGACUUCAAGGAAUGAAAAUCAUUGACAAAUAUUAUUUUCCCCUCAUUUUUUUUUGUGGGACAUUGUUUUUGCAUUAGUUUGUGAAAAGUUUUGAUUUUUGAAUUCACGUAGUCACUCAACAUGUUAGAUCAUUAAGAAUUUAGGAUGAGCUUACAACAAUUUAAAGUGUCACAGCAAUUAUGCCCCUAGUUUGUAAUGUUCAUUGGGGGGUAAUGUUUCUCUUUUUACCCGUUGUGUUUAGAGCCCAAAAAUUAGGUGAUGGCAAGCAAAUACUCAUCCAUGUCCAGCGUGGAUAGUAGGUAGGUAGGGUGACAGGGUAUUAUGAAUUAAUAAUCAUGUUCGGAAUAAAUUAAUAUGAAAUUACUU